AAAAUCCUCAUUGUUAAUUCUGGGGGAAUUAAUUGGGGAGGAAUUUUAGGAAUUUUGGCUGUGGGAAUUUUGGUGGGGAUGGAAUUCCCAGAGGAGCCGUGGCUGCCCCAUCCCUGGAAGCACCCAAGGCUGGCUUGGAACAGCUCGAGGUGGUGGAAGGUGUGAGAUGGGAUGAGAUGAUCCUAAAAGUUCUCAUCAUUAAUUCUGGGAGAAUUAACUGGGGAGGAAUUUUAGGAAUUUUGGCUGUGGGAAUUUUGGAGGGGAUGGAAUUCCCAGAGGAGCCGUGGCUGCCCCAUCCCAAAGCUGGGUCAGAGCAGCUCGAGGUGAUGGAAAAUGUGGGGUGGGAUGAGAUGAUCCUAAAAGUCCUCAUCAUUAAUUCUGGGAGAAUUAAUUGGGGAGGAAUUUUAGGAAUUUUGGCUGUGGGAAUUUUGGUGCUGAGGGAAUUCCCAGAGGAGCUGUGGCCGCCCCAUCCCUGGAAGCACCCAGGGCUGGCUUGGAACAGCUCAGGGUGGUGGAAAGUGUGAGAUGGGAUGAGAUGAUCCUAAAAGUUCUCAUUGUUAAUUCUGGGAGAAUUAAUUGGGGAGGAAUUUUAGGAAUUUUGGCUGAGGGAAUUUUGGUGAGGAUGGAAUUCCCAGAGGAGCCGUGGCCCAUCCCAAAGCUGGGUCAGAGCAGCUCGAGGUGGUGGAAGGUGUGAGAUGGGAUGAAAUGAUCCUAAAAAUCCUCAUUGUUAAUUCUGGGGGAAUUAAUUGGGGAGGAAUUUUAGGAAUUUUGGCUGUGGGAAUUUUGGUGCUGAGGGAAUUCCCAGAGGAGCCGUGGCCGCCCCAUCCCAAGGCCGGGUCAGAGCAGCUGGAGGUGGUGGAAGGUGUGGGGUGGGAUGAGGUGAUCCUAAAGCCCUCCCUGCCCCAAAUCAUCAUUAAUUCUGGGAUAAUUAACAGCCUCCAGGUGUGUUUUCCCCACUUUGGGGCCAGGACGAGGCUCCUUGAUCCCAAACUGGUCACGCCAGGCAAGGCUGAGCUUUGUGGUUGGAAUCUGCUGCCAGGCCUGGGCAGUGAGGGCUGGCAUGAAUUGAUGAGGGGAAAAAAAUCAGGUCAGCACAUCUGAGAGGUGCUGACAGGCAGGAAGUACCUGAGAUUGUCAAAAAAAGGAGGAAAAAGAGGCUGGGAAUGGUUUUUUUAUCCCCAUGUUGUGGCCGAGGUUUGGCAGGCAGCAGAGGGAGGGAAGUGCUGGGGGUGAGAGGUGCCUGAAUUCAGGAAUUCUCAUUUCCUCAUCAAAUAUCCCUUGCAGGGUUUCACCUUCCAAGGUGGGGCUGUUGGAGCAGCUCUGGGGCUCAGAAAAGGGAUUUUUGUCCUUGCAGAGCCCCUCUGUGAAGAUUCCAGGCUGAACAAGCUGCAGAAAGUCACAGCUAAAAAAAAGCAAAUUAUUCCAUUUCAAUAGAAUUAUUCCUUCAUCCACACUCUGCAGCCAAGGUCAGGCUGACCUUUCCUCUCGUGGCUUGAGUUUGGGAAGAUCUCAGAGCAGGAAAAACCUUUCCCUGGGAGGAAAGGGACUCCUGGAAGGCAGCAGAUCAAAUCCAGAAUGGCCUUUGUGGCACGUGUGAGGCACUGGAUCCCUCCCUGCCCAAAAAUAACCUCCCCCUGCUCCUGGGGAAACUCAUUCCUGGGACUAUUUUUUCCCCUUUUUCCAGAGGGUUUUAAAUUUCCACCUUCCCUCUCUGGUGUCUCCUUCAGCAGUCCCAAGGAGCCAAAAAUGCUCCCUGGGAGAGGGCAGGAUCUGCUCCUUUUCCCUGGAAAUUCUGGAUAUUUUAAAUUUCCACCUGCCACCAAAAAUGCUCCCUGGGACAGGGCAGGAUCUGCUCCUUUUCUCUGGGAAUUCUGGAUAUUUUAAAUUUCCACCUGCCACCAAAAAUGCUCCCUGGGACAGGGCAGGAUCUGCUCCUUUUCCCUGGAAAUUCUGGAUAUUUUCAAUUUCCACCUGCCACCAAAGUGCUCACUGGGACAGGGCAGGAUCUGCUCCUUUUCCCUGGAAAUUUUGGAUAUUUUAAAUUUCCACCUGCCACCAAAAAUGCUCCCUGGGACAGGGCAGGAUCUGCUCCUUUUCCCUGGAAAUUCUGGAUAUUUUAAAUUUCCACCUGCCACCAAAAAUGCUCCCUGGGACAGGGCAGGAUCUGCUCCUUUUCUCUGGGAAUUCUGGAUAUUUUAAAUUUCCACCUGCCUCCAAAGUGCCCACUGGGACAAGGCAGGAUCUGCUCUUUUUCACUGGGAAUUUUGGAUAUUUUCAAUUUCCACCUGCCACCAAAGUGCUCCCUGGGAGAGGGCAGGAUCUGCUCCUUUUCUCUGGGAAUUCUGGAUAUUUUAAAUUUCCACCUGCCACCAAAAAUGCUCCCUUGGAGAGGGCAGGAUCUGCUCCUUUUCCCUGGAAAUUCUGGAUAUUUUGGUGGUUUAUUGCAGCUGAGUUCUUUGUGGCCUGAGAAGGGUUGAUAUAAUGGCACAGUUUUUAUCUGGCACCCCCUAAAAAUCCAUUUACACCUUAAAGGAAGGAAAAGGAUCCUGGCAAUGCCCUUUUCCUGGCAAUUGGGAGAGGAAUUUCCAGCUGAAAAUGGCCCUGGGGGUGGGUCACUCCCCAUCCCUGUGCUCUAUCCCCGGGUAUUUCCCAUUUUUGACCUUUUCCCUUUGGUUUUUGGGUUGCAUUUAGGAGCUGGAGCUCUGCUGGCCCCGUGGCAGUGUGACUGGUAUGGGUAAUGGUGUGAGAGAAGGUCCAGUGGAAUUCCAGAGGGAUGUGGAGCCCGUCCCAGCCCGGAUUCCUGCAGAGGAUAACCAGGAGAAGAAGAAAGUGCUGAACUCUCUGAUGUCUGGGGCUCUGGCUGGGGCUGUGGCUAAAACUGCAGUGGCUCCUCUGGACAGGACAAAAAUCAUGUUUCAAGUGUCUUCAAAAAGAUUUUCUGCCAAGGAAGCGUACAGGCUGAUCUAUCACACCUACCUCAACGAGGGCUUCUGGAGCCUCUGGAGAGGGAACUCGGCCACCAUGGUGCGGGUGAUCCCCUACGCCGCCAUCCAGUUCUGCGCCCAUGAGGAGUACAAGCAGAUCCUGGGCAACUACUACGGAUUCCAGGGAAAGGCACUGACACCUUUCCCUCGCUUCAUUGCCGGCUCCCUGGCUGGCACCACGGCUGCCAUGCUCACCUACCCCCUGGACAUGGUCCGUGCCCGCAUGGCUGUCACACCCAAGGAGAUGUCUGCUCUCCCCGUGUCCCCACGGCAGGUACAGCAGCAUUGUCCACGUCUUCAUCCGGAUAUCCCGCGAGGAGGGGCUGAAAACCUUGUACAGGGGCUUCACCCCCACCAUCCUGGGCGUCAUCCCCUACGCCGGCCUCAGCUUCUUCACCUACGAGACGCUGAAGAAAGUGCACGCAGAGCACAGCGGGAAGGCGCAGCCCUCGCCCCCGGAGCGGCUGCUGUUCAGGGUAAGGGAGUGAAACCUGAGGAACAAAACUUUGGGAGCAAAACUUGGGCAACAAAACUUUGGGAGCAGAACUUAGGCAGCAAAACUUUGGGAGCUCAGCCUGGGGAACAAAACCUGAGGGACAAAACUUUGGGAGUAAAACCUUGGGAGCUCAACCUGAGGAGCAAAACUUUGGGAGUAAAACCUUGGGAGCUCACCCUGGGGAACAAAACCUUGGGAGAGCAAUUUGCGGGAAAACAAAACCCGAGUGGGAAAACGAAACCUGACAAGCACAACCUCAGGAUGGAGCCCUCCAUCCCUCCACCCUAAACAGUGAGUGAAUUCCAAGGUUCCCCCACUCUGUGUCCCCCCAGAGCACAGCGGGAAGGCGCAGCCCUCGCCCCCGGAGCGGCUGCUCUUCGGGGUGAGGGAGUGAAACCUGAGGAAUGAAACUUUGGGAGCAAAACUUGGGGAACAAAACUUUGGGAGCUCAACCUGGGGAACAAAACCUGAG